AUCAAUUGUCAAGAUAAUUGUGCAAAUAGCGUUGCCCCGACGACUUGACUUUUAUACCACGCCGCUUUUACUGGAUGCUUGCAGGGUUUCACCAGUGGAACUGCCGAUGACGAGUUGCGGUGGCGAUGGAGGAAGACUUAGAGGCGAAUUCGGCUUCAAACUGCCGGAGGGCUGCGUAGCCGAGGUGGUGGCGCUGACGAGUCCGCAGGACGCUUGCAGGCUUUCGCUGGUGGCGUUGACCUUCAAAUCCGCCGCCGAUUCUGAUGCCGUUUGGGAGAGGUUUCUUCCGCCGGAUUACGAGGACAUUCUCGCUCUUGCUGAUCCGUUUACGCUCCCGGCUUCCAAGAAACACCUCUAUCUCUGGCUCUCCGAUCAUCCGCUUCUCAUCGACCGUGGCACCAAGAGCUUCUCACUGGAGAAAUCAAGCGGAAGGAAAUGUUACAUGUUGGCUGCAAGGGGCCUGUCAAUUGCAUGGGGUGAUACACCUAGAUAUUGGAGAUGGACUGCUGCUCUACCUGACUGUAGGUUCGCAGAAGCGGCUGAGCUUGUGCACGUGUGCUGGCUUGAAAUUCGUGGUAAAAUAAGCACUAGCAUGCUGUCCCCAAACACAACCUAUGUCGCAUUCCUCGUCUUCAGGUUAACAGCAGGAGCCUAUGGAUUUGAACCGCCUGCAGAGGCAGCCAUUGGAAUUAGUGGGUAUGAGCUCGAAACUCAAACUGUUUAUUUAGAUCGUAGGCGAGGGCGGAGGCACCGAUGUCAGACCGUACCAAGGCCAAAGGUAAGAGGAGAUGGGUGGAUGGAGAUUGAGUUGGGUGAAUACUUGAACGAGGAAGGUGAAGAAAGAGAGCUAGAGAUGAGUGUGAAGGAGGUGAAAGACUUAUAUUCGAAGACUGGCCUCAUUAUUCAAGGGAUUGAUAUCAGACCAAAGGUUGAUAAAUAAAUGAUAGAAGAAUUACAAAAUAUCUACUCAAGCAGAUGUCUUGCUAUCUUGUUUGCUUCAACUAUGGGGAGUUGUAGGAGCUGGAAACUACCUUUGAGCUAGUGAUCAUAUCAGGCUAUGUGGUUAAUUCAGUUGCAUUAAUUUAUAGGUAUCUCCUAUACAAGACUUAUCUGAAUGACUCUCCUCACUAGUGAUCUAUUGGAAGAGUUUGUGUUACUUGAA